ACCGAUGGAUGGGAAUGGGGGGAUUUCUGUUGUUUAAAAUUCCGACCGUUCCCCCCCCGUGGCUCCAGUGCAUCCAUAUUUCCCGUGUCCCUGAUUGACGUGACUACAGCAACAGCUUCAUUCCUCAUCACACCCAUCACUCGUUCUGGGUCCAACUUUGUAACCACCUUUUAAUAUUCACUCUCGCUCGACGAAAAACAUUUUACGCUUAAUACCACUUCUAUAUUAAUUCAAAAUGCGUUUCGCCGCUGUCGCUGUCGCUGCCCUGUCGAUGUUCGGCUUUGCGGCUGCUCAGACUACUUCCGCUGCUGCUGCCAAACCGUCUAGUGGAGCUUGUCAAGCUCAGAAUAUCGUCGAUGCCUGCUUGAAAACCAUCCAGGGUCAAAUCGACUCUUGCAAGGCCAACGACUGGAUUUGUCUCUGCCAGCAAUACACAAAUCUCCUGACCUGCUACAAUAACUGCCCAGAUUCGGCUUCGCGUCCACCAGUCCAGAACCAGGUUACCCAGUACUGCGCCGCUGCUGCUCCUCUGCUAUCCUCCAGCGCCGCCGCUGCCGCCACCGCUCCCCGCGCUUCCUCCGCCAGCGGCGCCCAAGCCACCACUCUCGCCGCCUCGGGCACCGGUGCCGCGGCUUCUGGUACCGCAUCCAAAACUGCGACUGGUGCCGCAGCUUCGAAGACUGGAGCCGCUGGCGCAAUUGCUGCGCCCGUUGGUGGUGUCUUUGCGGUUCUCUUCGGUGUUGCCGGCUUGUUGUAAGCGCGAGGUUGUUCGUCUGGUGUGAGCUUGUAGAUGAUAUGUGGUGUGGAGGGAUAAAAUAGGGACUGGUGUUGGGAGAGGAAGGAAGGGAGGAAGUGGGGCGUGAAGUGAUAUACCGAUAAUCUUUAAUCAAUUUGAAGAAUCGUGGAUCUGUGAAUACUGCUUUGGAGUGUGUUCGCUAGUCUAUCAAAUUGAACUUGUUGGUGUCAACAUCUCAGUGCCUUUCAGAGAGAGAAGGGUUGAGAAUUGAGGGAGCGAAUAAUGCACCCAGAAGCUGUUACAA